UGGUGGUUGCAAAGUGACACUUUUAAAAAUUGUCAUUCCUUCUACAUUUAUUAGCUGGCAUUAUUUCAUUAAAGAACAACUCCCUCUCUUUUUUAAUAUCAUUCUUCAUGGAUUCUUUUUUAUAUAAAUUAUGUUGUAGCUUAUUGUUGUUAUUCUUUCGAAUGCUCAGAUUGUCCAGAUUUGGCCAAUGCAAUCUCUGUUAUUUUUUUAACCCCACAAUCCAGGUUAAUCUGAGCUAUUUUUAAUGCCCAGAGUAAUUUCUAAUAUUUCCCACUCCCAACAGGAAUUGAGAAAGGGACUCCAGAAGUUGGGGGCUUAUUCAGACUCUUCUUAGAAGUCUACCUUCUUCCUGUGUACUUUCAGCCCAAAGUGAGACUUUUGAGUUGGGAAGAGAUACUUCUGAAUUAAACUACUGAUCAGUGUCACCCAAUUCUAAUCCCAACCACCUUUAUUCUAGGUAUACCAUACUCACUGCCAUGCUUACCUUUCGGUUGGGCACCUUUGUCCUCCUUCCCAUUGGUCUUCUGGUUCCUACCCAACUGUCCAGUCCACAGGCCUCAGUAACACCUUUUUGCCCAGCCCUGUGGUAGUGUUGGCCUGCCUCCUUUGCCUACUCAAGUAACUGCUUUACCACUAAUUUAUUGUUUUGUGUUUUCAUCUAUAGGAUCUUACUUAGCCAUAUGGCCUGCUGCCUCUGCCAAUUUAAAAACAGCACUGAGGCUGUCUGCAAGACAGUCAAGCUGCAUUGCAACAGUGCAGGUCUGACAAACACCAUACAUCGUCGUGAGUCCAAAUUGCCUGGUGAUCAAUUGUUACAUUACUUUAAGUAUUUGUUUUUAUAUUUUUUAUUUUUAAUUGAUGAUAAAAUUUUAAGCUAGUGAUAUAAUUGCUUUAUUUACUCAUUCAGAGUUAAACUCCCUCAACUUCUGAACUACUCCCUUGCUGGGAGUCAGGUUCUCAGUUAUUAUCACAAAAUUUAAUAAUGGAACUGUUCCAUAUGCAUAAAGGACCAAGAGAAAGGAAUGGGACAGCUAGGGAAUGACAUUAACAUCCUCACCCAGUGUACUGUGCUCUCUGCUUGGUGCUUUGCCCCAAGUGAUCAUUUCCUCAUAUAGUGCAAUGUAGUUUGUAAGCUAGUUUUAUAUGCGUGAAGUACUCUCUGCCUUUUAGGACAGAUGUAGAUCCUGUUUUGUUUUUGUUUUUACAAUUUUAUAAGAGUACAAGUGAUGUUAUUUUAUUUGAAGCCUGAGAGCUUCUGGUUCCAUAACCAAAAAUUGCUACCUGUCUCUUCUAAUGGAAUGGAGGGCUUUUCCAUUCUUAGACCAUCCAGCUCUGAACUUGCUCUGAACCUUUCUAUUCACAGAACAAAUGCUUAAGUGCUUUCAAGAGUUUUUCUGUAGAUUAGGUUUAUUAGUACCAACUUCAUGACUACUAAAAUGUGACUGCUUUCCAGUCCAGAUAACUUGAAUACAGGUAUGUACCAGUGAUAUGGGGUGGAUAAUUAAUCAUGCUUGGCUACUUAUAUAAAAACAGUGUUACUUAUUUUUCAAAACCUUUUUUUUUUUUUUACCAAUUAAAUUAUUCCCUUCUCCCCAAGAGGUGGGCAGACAAGCAUUGUUAACCACCUUUUACAGAUGAGGAAAAACAAGAUCAGAGGUGCUAAGUGCUAUAGCCUAGUGCCAGGUCUUCUGUCUCCAAUUCUGGGUUCUCCCCAAGCCCAUGUUUCUCCUUUCUCACAAUCUUUACUUCUUCCUCUGACCCUCACCACCACCCAAAAUACUUUUAAUUCUGGAAAAGAAACCCAGCUGCACACUGGCACACUUGACCUUCAUGCAGUCAGAUUUGGAUGAUUCCCCAUCCAAAAUAUUAGAGAUGAAAUGAAAGCAAAGUAGGCAUCUGACAAAAGUUGCUUUUUCCCUUCUGCAUUUUAGGACCUCAAGUAAUGUUUAUCCAGAAACUGCUAUCAUACCAUAGAUGCAUCGUAUAUUUAACAACAUAGGCAUACCAUCUGGCAAACUAAAAAUCUCUUAACCUAUACCCUGGAUCCCUUCCCAAAUUUAAGAAAAGAACUAGGGUGGACACAGGGCUUUUUCCAUGUCACGUCUUCUGUGAUGGGGCAACGAUAUGUGGGAGCAGAGAAUGGGGUUGGUGGGUGGAGUGUGUGCCAGAUAAGGAUCUAUCAGCAAUGGGAGGGGGCCUCCACUUUAGCAUCUCCACCCUGCUCCUCUCAGAGGACUGCCUUUCAUUGCAUUCAGCUGUGAUGGUAGCAAGAACACAGGCACACUGAGGACGAGAGAGGGAGCCUUGUGUUCUCUCUGCAUCUGAGGCAGGACAGCACAGGGUACGGAGCAGUCUGCAGAGAAGCCAGCUCAUCAGCUCAUCAGGGAAGCACUUGUCCUCCACUUUGGGCUUUCACUGAGCCCUGGGCAAUUGGCCCCUGGGGAUCAACGGAAUAAUCCUAAGCAGAGUUACUCUAUGUCACACUAUGGAAUGUUCCAAGUAGGUGGCCAUGUUUUCAAAAAAUGUCUUUUCCUCCUUUUGUUGUUGCCAUUUCAUAGGUUUAGGAUUGGAUAUAUGUUUCGCCUCGCUGAAUGGCACUCAAAUGUUUGCUGACUCCUACUCUGUGUGACUGGGGUGUACAGCUGUGGACUGAUGCAUGCCGUCCCAUCAUCUUUCAAGAUCAAAGCAGUCUCUUCUUUUUUGACAGCUGAAGAAGCAUCUGUAGGGAAUCCAGAGGGUGCGUUCAUGAAGGUGUUACAAGCCCAGAAGAAGCACAUGAGCACUGAGCUAACUAUUGAGCCAGAGGCGGCCUUAGACAGCAAUGGCAUCAGCUUGUCAGGCUUUGGGAGUGAGCAGCUAGACACCAAUGACAAGAGUGAUGUUAUCUGUGUGCUAAGUUACAUCUUGCCUUAUUUCUCAGCAGGAAAUCUAGAUGUGGAAUCCAUGUUGUUAUCAUUCAUUAAACUGUUUUUUUCAAAUGUGCAAGAUGGAGACAGGCCCCUGAGUAUUCUGAAAAACAAUACAAAGAGCCCCUCGCUUCAACCUGCAUCCAACAACUCAACUUAUGAAAAUAAAUUGAGAAAGGUAUAUUUCCUAGAAAAGAUAUUAGAUGCAGAAAUACGAGAAAAAAUCGAUGAAGUCAAAAGGGAAGAAAAAACUGCCAUGCUUAUGCAGUCCAGCCUUCUAGGUAACAAAUUUAAACGCCAAAUAUUUGAAAAGAAAUUAGAAACUGUCCAACCACAGGAAAGCAGCCUGGCAAAGAUUCAAAGUGUAGGCAAAAACCUGGAGAGAAUGAACAGAGUCCUCAUGGGCCCAAGGAGCAUCCAGAAAAGGCACUUCAAAGAAGUGGGAAAGCAGAGCAUCAGGAGGGAAGAGGGUGUGCAGGCAUUUGUGCCGAAUGCUGCCAUAGAAAAAAGGCUUGGGAGUCCAGCCCCAGGGGAGCUGGAACAGUCUCACAUAGAGCAGGGGCCCAAGAACGUAGCGGGAAACGCCAUCAAGCCUUCAUUCACCCAAGAGCAUAAGCCAACAGUCUCCUCUUUGCUGAAACCCUUCUCCAUGGGCGUGCCUUCUGCCUCCACCCCUGCAAAAGCCCUACCUCAGGUCAGAGGUAGAUAGAAAGACUUAGCCUACGCCAUUUUAAUUUUAGAAAAUGCAAAGGCUAGAGUUAAAAAUAUGAGGGCUGCUAAACCAAUCAUACAUUCCCGAAAAAAAUACCGCUUUCAUAAAACUCACUGCCAUGUGGCCCACAGAACACCCAAGGUCAAAAAGAUUAGAAAGUUGAGAAAGAAAAGUUAUCUCAAUAGACUGAUGCUCACAAAGAGGCCGCCAUUCUCUGCAGCGAAGAGCCUCAUAAAUUCCCCUUCACAACAGGCUUUUUCAUCCUCAGGAGACCUGAGUCCUCAAGAAAACCCUUUUCCGGAAGUAUUUGCUCCUUCAGAACAGUUUAUCGAAAACACUGCUGUAAAAAACACAACUGUAAGAAAUGCCUCUGAAGAAAACUUUUUUAUGGAAAACACUACUAUGCCAGAAGGCACCAUCUCUGAAAACACAACCUACAAUCCUCCUCCUGAGGCAGAUUCCGCUGGGACGGCAUUCAACUUAAAGCCAACUGUUAAACAAACUGAGACAAAAUGGGAAUACAACAACGUGGGCACUGACCUGUCCCCCGAGCCCAAAAGCUUCAGUUACCCACUGCUCUCAUCCCCAGGUGAUCAGUAUGAAAUUCAGCUAACCCAGCAGCUACGGUCCCUCAUCCCCAACAACGAUGUGAGAAGGUUCAUUUCUCAUGUUAUCCGGACCUUGAAGACGGACUGCUCUGAGACCCAUGUGCAAGUGACCUGUGCCAAGUUCAUCUCCAGGACAGGCCUCCUGAUGAAGCUCCUCAGUGAGCAGCAGGACGUAAAGGCGUCCAAGGCAGAAUGGGAUACAGACCAAUGGAAAACUGAGAACUAUAUCAAUGAAAGCACAGAAGCCCAGAGGGAACAGAAAGAGCAGAAGAGCAGAAGACCACCCAGAAACCUGAGACCCAGAAAGAGCAGAAAGACCCAGAAAAAGCAAACAGAAAGAGCAGAAGACCACACAGAAACCUGA